GCUCUAGACUAGUCAAAUAUGCCAUUAAACUAGCCCAAGACCUUGACGGUUUUCUGGAACUCGGUCCGUAGUAAGGCUGGAGCUUCUUGUUCCCUCCCAGAACCUGAAUAAUCUACAAUACGUCCUUCGAAGGGAGAGAAACGGAAUUUUGGUUCCAUACUCCUUUUUCGAGAAACCCCCAAGACCCAUUUCCCUGGUUGACUGGGUCCAAUUUCCCCGAUCGCAGGCGGCGAGAUCAAUCCCCCGGAUUUUCAUUUUGCGGCCCCUGGCAUUGAUUGUCAGUAACACGCGACUCUCUCCACGCCAACGACACAGACCUACAUACGCUACCCUGAGAUUUAGUGCCAGGAACAACCAGCGCGCCACAGUCAACUAAACUGCGCGCGCCACAGGGCAAAACUUGUAAGCCAAGGGGACCUGCAGAAGUACCGAUUCACCAGCGGGUGGGCGGUCGCAAACAUGUCGAGCAUCGACAAGGAGACAAACAUUGAGCCCAGCCAGCAGCACGUCAAUGGUUUGAACAAGUUCAAGGACUCAGAUGGCGCGGUGUUGCAAGAGUCCCAGUCGCACAUCACAGAGCCCGAUUCUGCCGAGCUUCGAGACCACGCAGAUGGCCAUGGUGGAGGGUUCACGCGGUCCCGCAUCAGCAUCGGCGCAGCAAUCCACGAUGGGCGCCCUACAACGGCGCCGGAUGGAUCAACCGUCUUCUACAAAGUUUACAAGCGCAGAUGGUUUGGUGUCAUUCAGUUGACGCUCCUGAAUAUCAUUACCAGUUGGGAUUGGCUCACCUUUGCACCAGUUCCGGCAAGCUCGGCAGCUUACUUUCAGGUCGCCGAGUCCGAAAUCAACUGGUACAGUACAGCAACGUUGCUGUGCAUCGCCGCAUCUGCGCCAGUGGUGAUCUACACCCUCCGCCACGGACCGAAGCCUGCCAUAUUCGCAGCAUCCGCACUGGUCCUCGCCGGGAACUGGAUUCGCUAUGGCGGGUCCCGCGCUUCCUCUGGCUCUUACGGCAUCGUCAUGUUUGGUCAAAUCCUAAUCGCCAUUGCGCAGGCUCUUGUCCUGGCCUCACCGGCCCGCUACUCGGACCUCUGGUUUACCGAUAGGGGCCGCGUGGCCGCGACCGCCGUCAUGUCGCUUGCCAACGCCUUUGGCGCUGCUCUGGGCAGUUUGAUAAUUCCGUUCAUGGUCGAGGCGCCAGAGGAUGUGCCGAACAUGCUUCUCUGGCUCUCCGUCAUUGCCACGGUAUGUUCGAUCACCGGUUUCUUCGUCCCGGCAGCGCCCCCGACCCCCGUUGCAGCCUCGAGCGAAACGCCCAAGGAGGGACUGAUCUCUUCGCUGCGCAUCGUCUCGCGCUCCCCCGAAGCCUGGAUGGUCAUGAUACCGUUCGCCGUCUACGUCGGAUUGUUCGACGCCAUAUCGUCCCUCCUGGCCCAGAUGAUGGUGCCCCAUGGCUACUCCGAGGACGACUCGGGGAUCGGCGCCGCGGUGCUCAUCGUAGUCGGCCUGGUCGCGGCCGCCGUCUCGAGCCCCAUCAUCGACCGCACAAAGGCCUUUGUGCUGAGCGUCAAGGUCUGCAUCCCCUUCAUCGCCCUGUCCUACCUCGUCUUCAUCUGGAUGCCCGAGACGCGACCCGAGGGGGGAAUCGCCGGUCCGUACGUCGUCCUCGCCAUCCUGGGCGCCACAUCCUUCGCCCUGCUCCCCGUCGCCCUCGAGCUGCUCGUCGAGUUCACCCACCCCAUCAGCCCAGAGGUCACUUCCACGUUCGCUUGGGCCGGUGGCCAGCUGCUUGGCGGUUGCUUCAUCCUGAUUGGUGAUGCCCUCAAGGAGGGACCCGAGGGUAACCCGCCGGGGAACAUGAAGCGCAUGUUGAUCUUCCAGGCAGUCGUUGCCCUGGUCGGUGCUAUCCCCCCAUUGUGUUUGGGGUUGUUUGGGAGAGGUGAAAAAAUCAGGCUCAGGAGAGUUGCGUCGGAUGUGCGGACGAGGCAAGAGGAUACGACAGCGUGAGUGGGUCGUUGAAAUCACACUUGUUAUUAUAGCUAUAGCUGUCAUAUUUGCCUUUUGGAUUUAGAGUUUUAAAAAACCACGAUUUUACCACG